UCUUUGUUUUUAUGGUUAAAUUUAACGGUCUUAACGGUCAAUCAUCGGUCAAUAUUCAACAAGAUUUUAUUCCUUUCCUAUAAACUCCGUAAAUUAGUAUAUUAUGGAUAGUGCCAAAAGGACAGGUUCAGAGAAGGCGUUGUCUAGUCAUUCUGAUUCGGAAAAGAAAGACUCUGUUCACGUUUAUUGUAGAAUUCGCCCUAUUCGACAAGGAAAUGAACCAACAAACUCGAUCAAGUUACUUUCUGCUGAUACUUUAUCUCUCACUGGAAUAGGAUCCAAAGUGUCAAGAAAAGAAACUCUUUACCAGUUUAAACACAUCUUCACAGCAUUUUCAUCCCAGUCUGAAAUAUUUAAUCAUGUUGCUUAUCCUCUGUUGGACGAUUUACUACACGGUAAAAAUGGCCUUUUGUUUACUUAUGGCGUCACAGGUUCUGGAAAAACUUACACACUUACUGGCGAGCAAAAUAAUCCAGGUAUUAUGCCUAGAUGUAUUGAUACAAUAUUUAAUACAAUCGGUGAUUAUCAAGCACCUAAAUGUGUUAUAAAGUCAGAUAGAAUGAAUGGAUUUGAAAUACAAAGUGAGGAAGAUGCUCUACAAGAUCGAUUAAAUUCUGUGAGACAUGAUAAAUUUGCCAAGACACAAAGGAAAGAGAGUGAAAAAAUUUCCUACUUAAACGACGGAACCAAAAUACAAAAUGUAAAUGAAAAUAACAUUUAUGCAGUUUUUAUCAGCUAUGUUGAAAUCUAUAAUAACAGUGUGUUUGAUCUAUUAGACUAUUCCUCAGGGAAGACCCUUCAAAACAAAAUAUUAAGAGAGGAUAGUUCUAAAAAUAUGUAUGUUAAUGGUGUAUUGGAGGUAGAAGUUAAAAAUGCUCAAGAAGCAUUCGAAUUAUUUAUGUCGGGUCAGAAUCGCAAAAGAAUGGCAGCUACUUCUUUGAAUUCUGAUUCAAGUCGAAGCCAUUCCAUUUUCAAUAUUCGUGUAGUUCAAUUAGAACAAGUAAUUUUAAAUAGUAAUGGAGAACCAAUGAUACCAAAUGAAAAUCGUAUUAAGAUUGGACAGCUUAGUUUGGUUGAUUUGGCAGGCUCUGAAAGAACCAGUAGAACAAAUAAUACAGGCAUGCGAUUAAAAGAAGCAAGCAGCAUAAAUAAUUCUUUGAUGUCCCUAAGAACAUGUUUGGAAAUAUUGAGGGAGAAUCAAAUUAAUAAAAGCAAGAGAUUGGUGCCAUAUCGGGAUAGUAGAUUGACGUUUUUAUUUAAACACUAUUUUGAAGGAGAUGGUACUGUAAAAAUGAUUGUGUGUAUUAAUCCAUGUAUAGAGGAUUUAGAAGAAAACAUACAGGUUUUGAAGUUUGCUGAAAUGACCCAAGAUGUGAAAAUUACAAAAGCUGAAGUAAAAUAUACUCCCAUAAAAAGAACUAUCUGUAAGAACAAAGAAAAUCAAACUCCCGGAAAACCAAAAUCUAGCUCAUCAUAUGCCAUUUUACCUGAUAUGCCUAUAGUAAAACUAAAUUUAGAAAGUGUUGAACAGUGUCAGACAGCAAUCGAUAAAAUUAUUAAAACAUUAAAAUUGCGUCAACAAAAGUCAAAAUCGCUAGAUAAGGAAAUUGAUGAGAAGCAUUCAAUAUUUCGAAAAAGACUGGUUGACUUUAAUCAAGAUAUUGUCCUUAAUAAAGCUGAAUUAAAAAGUUUAAAAACAAUGAUUCAUAAAGAAAGGCAAAAAUCGCGCAAUUUGCAACUAAAAAUGACUGAUUUGGAGUCUGUGUGUCAGGAUGCUAGGUCUAAAUCUGAGGAGCAGGAUAAUGUUAUUUUUUCCUUGAAAAAUAUGUUAAAUGAAAAAGAUUUGAAAAUUAAUCAAAAUUUGCUGGAUAAAGAGAAAACUAAACAAAAAUUAGGUAGAGCACUGGCAAAUGAAAAAAUGACCCAAGAACUAGAUGCCAAGUUAAGGCGACAAAGGGAGCAUUUAAACGCACAGUUAAAAGCUAAAGACCAAAAAUUAAGAAUUGUAAAAGAAAUCAUCGACAGCGAAAUGCCACCUGUAGAAGUUCACAAUCCGGAGCCUGAAUUUACUCCAAAAUCUCACGAAUCUCAGACAAGCCAGACACCGAAGAGCGCUUCUAAUAUACUGCAGCAUAGAAGAAAUAUUUCUUCAAGCGCUCGAAACCGUAGGUCAAGAUCAGCAGGUGAAGUUUGGCUUGAGCACAAUGUAAUCAAACCAUGUCCUCUGGGUACAGUUAUGCAACCCACUAUGAAAAAAAGAAAAUCAGUUUCCAAGCUUGACAAGGCUAGUGAUGUUACAAAUCCAAAACAAAACAGAUACUGCCUUGUAGCUCAAGAACCAGAUACUGAUGGAGAAAUGGAAACAAAAUUAUACAAAGGUGAUAUUGUUCCAACUUGCGGUGGCGGUGCGCAAGUUAUAUUCAACGAUGUUGAAAAAUUGCGACAGGAAUCACCUACUAAAGAGUAUGAUUAAUGAAAACCCUUUAGUUAUAUCACAGUUAUAUACUAUGGUUUUAUCUCUUGUAGGUAUAAACCUCAAUGAAAAUACAUAAUAUACAUUAUUUUAUAAUUUUAAGCUAUUAAUAUUUUAGUGAUAUUGUUUAUACUUGUGUACUUAAAAUAUUUUGUUCUUAGAACUUGUAUAGUUUAUAUAUUUAAUUUUUGAUUAAAAAUGGAAAAUUG